AUGGCAACAGAAGAAACCGUCGACCUUAGCCCAGCGCACGCGCCCCAACCAGCAUCUGUUGAUGCCUUUACAUCCGUCCUGGAUACCGUAAAACAAGAGCUCAUCAAGCUGCGGCGCGAUCAUGACAAGCAUGAGCCAGAGUACUUUCGCGCCGUCAAACACCUUUCCGAUGCCGAUCUAGUAUCCUUCACUGCCGAAGACCUCGAGUCGGUUCGCGCAGCUGUCACAGCGUAUGGCCUGCAUCUCUUCGGCCAGGUGAAGCUGCCUGCUUUGGACAAUGGGUACAUCCACAUCCGCAUAUUUGGAGCUGCUAAGGACGGUACGGAUGGAAGUAGUCUGGACGAGAGGGAGUAUAGUUUACAUAGUAUACAUACCGAGGAAGUUAUUAAGGAUGAUGGGGAUAGGGUAUAUAGAGCGAUAUUUGGCAAGGACGACGCGUUGGAGUGGUUCGAGACUUAG